UAUAACCUAUUACCUAAUCUGUGACAGAAAUUAACAAUUUAACACUCACAAAGUUAGACCAAAAUAUGUUCACUUUACAAAUCAUAAUUUGUAAUUUAAAAUCAAACAAAAGCCAAUAAAAGCAUUUAUUUUUAACAGUGAGUGCCAAUGGAAGCUAAUAAUCCUUACAUUACUAAUCAAUUAGCAUAAGUAUAAAUUAAACCAUUGUUACCAUUUUGUCGUCAAUAUAUCCUCAUAAAUAUUUGUAAACAAAAAUGAAAUCUUUUAAAUUGAUCGUUCAUCAGUCUAGUUUCAGCUCUGAAGAUCUGAUAAUAAAUCUGAAAGAUUAUCCCGGAUUAAAGGAAAAAGAUAUUGUUGAAAUUUAUCACCCAGAAAAUGAUUACCCAAGGCUGCUUUUGCAAGUUACUAAAGUUGAUGCUCCAGGACGAGGGAGAGAUGCUAUCAGCGUGGAGCAAAGCAUUGCCACAACUUUCCAACUGCGAACAUUUGCAGAUGUGUAUGUGAAUAUUGUUAAUGUAGCAGAUGUUGCUUUAGAUUCUGUGGAACUGACUUUCAAAGAUCAGUACUUGGGAAGGUCUGAGAUGUGGAGGCUGAAGAAUCAUUUGGUCAGUACUUGUGUGUACCUGAAUAAAAAGAUAGAAUAUUGUGGAGGUGCAAUCAGAUGCCAGGUGUACGAAAUGUGGUCCCAAGGUGACAGAGUCGCUUGUGGCGUAAUAACAGAAGACACGAAAAUUGUGUUCCGCUCCUCAACAUCCAUGGUUUAUCUUUUCAUACAAAUGUCUUCUGAGAUGUGGGAUUUUGAUAUUCAUGGUGACUUAUACUUUGAGAAGGCUGUCAAUGGAUUUCUUGCGGACCUGUUUGCUAAAUGGAGGAAAAAUGGCAGUAAUCAUGAAGUGACAAUUGUAUUAUUUUCAAGAACAUUUUAUAAAGCUAAGACUUUAGAGGAAUUCCCCCAACACAUGAAAGAGUGCUUACAGAAAGACUACAGGGGGCGGUUUUAUGAGGAUUUUUACAGGGUGGCAGUCCAGAAUGAAAGGUAUGAAGAUUGGUCAAAUGUCUUACUGCAACUGAGAAGGCUUUUCACUGACUAUCAAAAGAUUGUACUCCAAUACCAUGAGAGGCCUAACAUGGAAAUACCAACUGCCAUUAAUUCUACUGCAGCUCAGGGGAAUUUCCUGGAAGUUUUGAAUAUGAGUUUAAAUGUAUUCGAAAAGCAUUACUUGGACCGAUGUUUCGACCGGACGGGUCAACUUAGUGUCGUGAUCACACCCGGCGUAGGUGUCUUCGAGGUCGAUAGAGAGCUGACCAACGUCACAAAGCAGAGAAUCAUCGACAACGGUGUAGGAAGCGAUUUAGUUUGCGUCGGCGAACAACCCUUACACGCAGUCCCCUUACUAAAGUUCCAUAAUAAAGACAGCAAUAUCAAUUCUAUAGACGAUUACUCUAUGCCUCAUUGGAUCAACUUAUCUUUUUAUUCUACUAAUAAGAAAGUUGCGUACUCGAAUUUUAUUCCGAGGAUUAAAUUGCCACCGAGAAAAAGUCAGGAGCCAUUGAAAAAGAUGUACGAGGACGAGUGUAAAGGGAAACUGUUGAAGGAGGACGAUUAUAUGCACAACUCUAUAUUUGACUACGACGCGUAUGACGCGCAAGUGUUUCAGUUGCCGCCGGCUCAUAGUACAUGGGUUCAGAAAGUGGCUCGCACGAAGAAAACAUCCGUGGCGGGCUUGGAGGGCAUCAACAGACGAAGUCCGCCGGUGUCCGCUAUUCAUCACAGAAAGAUGUCCGACCCUGAUAUCCAUCACAGCCUGGGAAAUGACAUACUGAAUAGUCCAAAAUAUGGCGUCAACGAAGCCAACAGCGACUCCACGGACUCCUCGAUGUCAGUGAACCGCCUGUCGCCACGCAGCUCCGUGUCCAAUAAGCCCGUGAUAAGGACGGGCAGGGCGCUCAUCAACCCGUUCGACCCUUCCCACGUCACUGUCAAGCUCACGAGCAACCGACGCCGGUGGACCCACAUAUUUCCAAAAGGUCCCACCGGGGUGCUGAUCCAACAGCACCAUUACCAGGCGCGGCCGGCCGGCGAGCCCGCCUCGCGCCCCGAGGAACAUCGCUGCGACAGCAACAUGGGGAAGGAAAACGGCGCCUCCAACAUCAAUACCAACCACUCCGUCUACCAAGUUGAUGGCAAUAUAAUGAGUCGCAAACGUAUGAUAAGUGCAUCUGGCACUUUAAGCGUACUCGGAGCUGCGUUAAGCGCUCCGUCUACUACCAACAACGCCUCUCUCGCUCUCCUGUGGGGAGCAACGGGCGAGCAGGAGUGGACGCCGGCCCUAACUACCGCGAACCGAGCUAUAGGUGUGGACUGGAAGUCACUCACAAUCCCGGCCUGCCUGCCGAUCACAACUGAUUAUUUCCCCGACAAGCGGUCUCUACAAAACGAUUAUCUAGUGUCGGACUACAAUCUUCUACCAGACGAUGUGAAUGCAGACUUUGCGCGAAAUAGAGCUAUCUAUAAGGAACCUCUUACGACUACGGAAGUCUUUAAAGAGCUGGUAUCACAGCGAUUGGCGCAGGGCUUUCAACUAAUAGUGGGCAUAAGCGAAAACGAAGUAAUAGAAUCUCAAUUUCCGUCGACUCAUACGCCGCCGCCGUCAAAAGUAGCUCCCCAGAGUAACAAGUCUGUCAAUUCGGCACCAACAAAGAUCUACCUACUGUCUAUUGGGAGAAUCUUUCACAAACUGACGCUUGUAGGCUCCACGAUCACCGUCACGCGGUAUAGACCGAGGCAUCCAUAUCCUCCUUUCAACAUCCACUACAGAUAUCGGUUCCACGCGCCAAACCACGAUACAUACGAGGUAUCCUGGGUGUCCUUUACUACGGAGAAGUUGGAGAACUACAACUGGAACUACAUGGACCACUACAUUUGUACCCGAGGAGACACCGAUUUCACUCUCGUUGAAGCCCUCAAAUACUGGCGUUUCCGUACCCUCCUCUUGCCGCUAUACAACCCGGCAACAAAGACGAUCCUCGAAGACGAGUCCACGCACUGUGACAUUUACCCCACGCCCACACGACACGACCUCGACCAUCUCACGGAAGGAUUCCUCAAAAUGACCGAAGCCUACUUCAACAAGGUCAAAAGACCCAACAGGCAGAGGGUGGCGGGAGCGUGCGGCGCUUCGGACGCGGCGCUCACGAGGCGGCGGCACUCCACCUCCAUCCUCACGCGGAACGCGCAGCAGGGAGGCGUGUCCAACUCUCCGUUCAGAGAGCGCGUCGGCAGCACACGCCUGCCCGACCGCCCGCGGCUUCGGGUCGAAGCCAUAGCUGCUGCAAAAACCGUAUUGGAGAGAUCGCAAUCUCAGACAGGUGAAUGCGACGACACGUAUGAUGACGGAGUCAUAGAGCCAAAGUUGAAAGCCAAUGCAACGUUACAAGAGAUCUUAGAGCGCAUGCGCCACCCGAGUUUAGGCGUUGGCUUCCUACAACAAACAGUCAGUUUGCCCUCGCAUACCUUCGUGUCGAUAUACGCCAUUCAAUGGCUGCAAGCUAAUAUGGAGAACAUGACGUAUGAGAAAGCGACAGUAAUUAUGCAGGUAACUUGCGCGAAACUUCUACAAGAAAAAAUGAUUUGUCACGCUUCAGGUGACACUCUGAAACGCUACGUAGCCGGGUACUAUAUGUACCAUAUACUCCCUCAAAAGAAUAGUAAGGAAAUAACAGAUUACGUUAACCCCCUGGGUGACCUUCAAAGCUUCGAAAACGAGUGGAUGGAAGUUGAAGUCCUCGGACCUAGAUCACCGUUGCUCCCUCCUGAAGCCACUUUUGGAGCGAUAGACAUUUCAGGCUCGAGCCCCGUCACCAACGAGUCCGGUAUUCCGGCCUUCCUCUGUGAUAAUAUUGAUCCUAAUUAUAUGCAACUGGAGAGCGAUGACAUGCCCUUGUACAAAAAUACGCACCUAGAUAUAGACGUGAACAAUAAAAGCGACCGCAUAGAGUGGGGCCACGCGCGUUACCAGGCCACUUUCCGCCCCGACCAGGCCUAUGAAAUGUGCAUACAGUGGGCCGUCGCCAGUGGGAAUAUUGUCGCUGAGUUGAUAAUCGGCUGGUUCCGCAAAGCGCAAACAUGUCGUCUUCAAAUGGUGCCCAUACCCGCUGACCCCCUCGCGUUGCCGUUUACGGAGAAAUCGGAUCCUCUACGCGGCCCCAUUUACGUUCCUUUAAAUGAAGAACCGCUGUUAAGAGGGAAAAGCGCCUUGUUUGAGGGCUUCACAGAAGAAACAUGGCUGGAGAGACUAUUCCUCUUCCAAGAAGCGAUAGUAGGUCGCUUCGGCUUUAUCAAAUGUACGGUGGAGAGCACCUCCCACGCGGCCGACGUCGGCGACCAUCUGUAUGUGCACCUCACCGGGAACAUGUUCAUACUGAUACCCACCACUGUGAAAUCCGAACAGAAAGGGCUGAGGGCCAAACCUGUAAAUAAACUGGUCAAUGCUGGCAGAUAUCCUGUACAUCCAGAAGCCGCGCCCAGUCCACACGAGGGCUACAUAACGCGGCACGUCGACGUGAAGAAUAAAGACUGUUAUGAUAACACGCGAAGGAUGGGGUUUUUAUGGUCCUGGAAUCACAUGAUAUCCAAGAAGUGGAAAGGUUCGCAAGCUCCCGCAGCCGGCGACGAAGUGUUUCAAAUGCGAAUGCUACGAGAUUUCAAGCACUUUUGUGCAAAUCAUGAGCAAAGAUUAAGCCAGUUCUGGGAUCAAUGUUGGGAAAUUCGGGAAAAGGCAACAGGGAUUCAGUGUUGUUGAAAUGUUUUGUAAUUUUGUAGUAAAUAUAUAUAUAUAUAUUAUAACUUA